CAGCACGAGUCUGGUCGACCACUUUCUCUCCCCCACAGGUGACCGCGGGGAGGCCGACCGCCGGCCAGAUGUGGUGCGGAAGGACCAGGGCCUUGCUCCGGAUGUCGGGGUUAUGGCCGACAGGGGUGCUCGGGAGGAGACCGCUAAACUGCAGUGCUGCGUCACUGGCGGGAAGCAACUCCCCCCGGUGUUGGAACUGCGGCGGCCUAGGGGGCCCCUUGCGAGGGGACCGGUUCUUCUGCCCUCAGUGCCGCGCGCUGCAGCCACCUGACCCCACGCGAGACUACUUCAGCCUCAUGAACUGCAACCGCUCCUUCAGAGUUGACACUGCGAAGCUCCAGUGUAGGUACCAGCAACUACAGCGUCUUAUCCACCCAGAUUUCUUCAGCCAGAGGUCUCAGACUGAAAAGGAUUUCUCAGAGAAGCAUUCGACCCUUGUUAAUGAUGCCUAUGAGACCCUUCUGGCUCCCCUGAGCAGGGGAAUAUACCUUCUAAAGCUCUGUGGAGUAGAGAUUCCCGAAGGGACAGAUUAUGAAAUGGACAGUCAAUUCCUCAUGGAAAUAAUGGAAAUCAAUGAAAAACUUGCAGAAGCUCAAGGUGAAACUGCCAUGAAAGAGAUGGAAUCUAUUGUCAGAGCUAAACAGAAAGAAUUGACUGACAAUGUGAGCAGAGCUUUUGAAAGAGGACUAGCUGAGCCAUCUGUUGAGGCCUGAUAGUAGAGGAUAUUUGGGAGAUGACAUGAGCAAAUGUGCAUUUACUGAGGAGCAUCUCUAUGGAAACGAAAAGGAAAACAAAGGUCAAUGGCUGGAGCCGACUAUAACCCCAGUUUCUGAGUCCAGAGGGCAGCCACCUGAGAAGACACUGACCGCUUAAGCGUCUUUAGGUGUUGGCAUGAGGACAGCAGAGGCAAUCUGACGCAUCUCCUGGCUUGUAGUUUGAAUGUUUGUGGUGAUGGCAGAGACAUCAGCAUCACAGUCAUGGUUAUUCUGCAGAGCACAGCGUGGAAGGUGCGCGCUUUCUGAGUGGCCCGUGUACCAGCAGCUCCAGGCACAAAGGUUGCCCGUGAUUUGUUGUGAUGAGUUCUUUGAAGUUUCUAUCAAGUCCUCCAGCUUCAGCUUGCAGGACUUUUCCAGAUCCUGGAGGAAAGGGGCAGCUAUAAGACAGCCUGAGUCCCACUGAGGAUCUGGGCAGUCAGGUUUUCGUUCUUAGUGACAGUAAGUCAGGAGGGAGGGAGGAACAUUGGAAACAUUGGUUUGGAAAGUUGUAGCCAGAUGUUGAAAGAAACUAGAAGAAUUGAGGAUUUGCUGAGGGCCGACAAAAUGUGUAAGGAUCCAGUUCAGUUUACAAGUAGAUAAUAAAACCUCAAAGACAAUGAACAGGAUGGGAUUCUGAUAAUUCGCAAGGUUGUGUUAUUCU